AGGGGCGGGGGGUCCUUCCCUCCCUCCACGUUUUAUUUCCCUUUGCGCUUCCUCCUCCUUUUACUCCUUCCUCUCGCUCUCGCACUCCCUCUCGGGUUCGCUCCCCGCGUCCCUCUGCUUUUGUUACGCCUCCCCUCGCUCCCUCCCGCUCCCCGCCCCCGCGUGGCACUGCGGAGCCGGAGACGUGACCCGAGCGGACUCGCUUCCCCGCAGCUCCAGCCUCUCGCCGCAGAGUCGCAUGUCCUCGAUCCAGAACCUCCAAUCCUUCGACCCCUUUGCUGAUGCAACAAAGGGCGACGACUUACUCCCGGCGGGGACUGAGGAUUACAUUCAUAUAAGGAUCCAGCAACGAAACGGAAGAAAGACACUAACAACUGUUCAGGGCAUUGCAGAUGAUUAUGACAAGAAGAAACUUGUGAAAGCUUUCAAAAAGAAAUUUGCUUGUAAUGGCACUGUGAUUGAGCAUCCUGAAUACGGUGAAGUUAUCCAGCUGCAAGGUGACCAGAGGAAGAACAUUUGCCAAUUCCUUUUGGAGAUUGGCAUUGUCAAGGAAGAACAACUGAAAGUUCAUGGUUUCUAACAUAUCUGUACUCUUAUGAAGAACCCUGCAGUAUUGGUCUUACCUAUCCUGGCUCUUCUGUGAAAAUGAAUCUUUGCAGUGAAUGGACUUCCCUCUUACCUGAACAUUUACAAUUUGAUUCAGAUUUGCAUGACUGCAUGAAACAGGUGGUGUGUAGACUAGAAACACAUAAGAAAACUUCAGUAAGAUGGUAAUGAAGACACUUGUGAACUUUAACACAUUUCCAAUGGAAAUGUAUUAGUGAGGAUUGUUCAGUUUAGUAUUCUCCACCUGAGUUAAAUGUGAGUUUUAUUCAAAUAGCGUGUGUUGUUGCUUAAAAAUAAAAGUUUAUUCAUAUAAUUUCUGGGAUAUUUGAAAUGCUUUAGCCUAAGUUUUAAACUAGCACUGCAGCGUUGCUGAAGAGUGGCUGAACUGCUUUGUGGCAAGUGUAGCUCACUGCUGAUUGAAGAAAUUGGAAAAUCUACAUGAUUAAGUACUAGCCGAUUAAUCAGUAGAUUAGCUUGAUGUGAUCUUACCCUGUAGCUGUAAGACUAGAGCUUUAAAGCCUGUAGUGCAGGUGUGUCUUAGUAGCAGUAUAAUAAGACAUCAGUUGUUUGCUGUGUAAGUAACUAGAUCUUCUCUAAAAUUUAUUGCAGUGACUAUGAGGUAUUAGUAUGAAGCAAAGUUGGACUAAAGCAAGCUGAGCUUCUCAAGACAAAACAUUUGGGCAAAAGCCCCAAAACAUUUAAAGGAAGUGGAUAGGAGAUAUUGUAUCUCCUCUGUCAUUGAGUGAGGGGAAAAGACAUUGCUUUGGCUUCUGCCAUGACUGUGCAUUUAAAGUUGGCGAGCAGAGUGCUUGAAUGAGCUGGUAGUGUUAGCUGCAGGAGUAGGGAAGGGAACAGGCUCUACACUAACCUUUUCCUUGUUAUGAAAAGUUUUCCUGGGAGUAAUGGUUGACAUGGAGGGUUUUGUAGUAAUGUUUGGGUGUUACUACAAAAAGCUCAUUUGGUUUGCUUUUCUAGAAGGCAAUUCAUUCACAGCAUUACUGGAAGUUACAAAACAUUUGUUCCACCAUGCUUUUAAGUUAGGUUUAGUUAGAAUACCAAAUGCCUACAGCUGCUUGUAGGAUAUGUCUCAUGAAGAAUGAAAUCAGUUCAUUUGGUGAAACAAGCAGACAUUGUCUUCCUUUUGAGGUAGACAUGGAAAUUUUUUUCUGAAACAAUUCAAAACAUGCUGAGCUGCAAAACCAUAACAAUAGUGGGAAAUGUUUAAAAAACUUCAUGUGAUAUCGUGUAUUCUCUGGAAAGAAAGAAAAAGAUGUUUCUUUGCUGCUAAGACUUAAUAAUAACUUAGCCAGAAAAAAAAAUUGAUGAAAUUGAUAAAAUAAUUGUUUAUUACCUAAGUAAACAUCAAGAAUAGGCAAAACGGUAUUAUUUAAUAUCACAUGUACCUGUACUUUAUUUCCUAUUCGUAUUUACCUUUCUAUACAGAAAUGUUUAAUUUAAAUUCAUUUGACCUGUUUUUUUUUUUUUUUUUUUUUUAGAUUUUUGAGUUCAGAAAUGAACCCUUAAGGCACUAGCAACUAUUAGGGGAGCGUUAUAUGACAAUUUCUGUCUCCGUCUGGUCUAGACAAUUCCACUUGUAAAAAUCCAGUCUCUCAAUCUCCACAAAUUCUGCCUGAUGUUACAGAUCUUAACUGUUCCAGAGAAAGGAUGUUCCUGAAGACUGUAUAUUAUUAAGGUGCAAUACUUUCAGGAGGAGGGAAUGCCAAAUGCAAAAUACCCACAUACCAAAUGGAAAUCCAAGAAUAAAUCUUACGCAAGUAUUGCAGAUGAGCAGAAUAAAAUCAUUCUACUGCAAGUUUACUAGUCCUGGUUCUUAAGUGCUAAAGUAAUCAGUGUUUUGGGGGUACAUAGCAAUUAGUGAUUUUCAUUUUAUCACAUGCCAGAAAAACUGAUGUUCUCAUUUAAAGCUUGUACUCCUGCCCAACAGGAAAAACAAGCAGUAUCUUCUAUUUUGCUGAUAUUAUACAAGUAAUUCUGGUGGGCUUUGAAUUGAAUAUUAACAAAUGACUAGCAGGUCUUGUGUUACUGAGUCAGUCUUCAUUUCAGAUGGCAUUCCAUUAACUUUUACUACCUAAGCUUGAGUCAUUUCUCCAUAGUCAUUCUGCUUGGAAUAAAUAAGAAAAAUCUUUGGGUUUCUUCUGCCUCAUUUAAAAAUCCUUUCUAAUAGGAGGAACCUUGCAGUUGAUAGGUGGCUUGAGUGGAGAUGCUUGUGUUUUGACCUUUGAAGGGCAAAAUUAUAAGGAGGUGGAAUAAGAUGUAACACAUUUGAAGUUUUCAAGAGGUGAGAUUUGUUGUGGCAACAAACCAUUUAAUGUUUCUAGAAGGAAAGCAGAAAUUUUUUUCCUUGAGUGUUUUACACUAAAACAGUAUUUCUAAGAUUUUAAUUAGCCUUGUUACAAGCCCAAAUAUCUUUGUAUAUUCUAGAUGAAAGGCUUCAACAAUAUUGUGUUUUGUCAUCUUACUCUGGAACUUCUUUGUCAAAGCUAAACUUAUUUGGAGUACAUAUCCAUGUUUUAAAAAUGCUGAAAAUAAACAACUGUUUAAAGUGCCACCACAAAAAUCUGUUUUCAGAAUAAAGGCAGGUUUCAAUCUCUUUAUCUAUUCCAAAAUAGGUUAAAAAAUGUUAAAGGAUGUGGCCCAUAAUUGUCAAGGCAGUAAAAAUGAGCUUAUAGUAGAAAACUCUUGAAAUCCACUAGUAGGACUUGAGGCUGGCCAAGCUCAAGACUGCAAAGAGCAAUGGUUUCUUUUUGUUGGAAAGUUGUGAAGUCUGUGUCCUUCAGACCUGUAAAUCAAGAUUGCCUUCUCAGUGACAUUUAACACUUAAUCUCAAGGUGUUACUGGAUGUAGAAAUAUGUUUCAAAUUCACAGCUGUCUGCAUAGCUUUAUUAGGCUGUUCUAGCUAACUCUGAGCUGAUACACUGCAUAAAUAAAUUCAUUAAAUUGUCUAUUCUGAGUCUACGUCUACUUAAUGAAGCUACAAGCAAUGACACCCUCGCUGAACCCUUUGCUGCUGGUAGCAGUUCUUGUUUGUAGAAUAUGAGAUUUAGUAAUUUAAGUCUGUAAGCUGCCUACUUCCUCUUACUGUGUGAGCUGUCAGGCCCUUGACUGUCAUGUAUGGUCUGCUACAUCUGACUCUGUCUCAGAGAUGAGCAUGAGGAGCACAACUAUGGGCAGAUAAUUUUCUCAAGUGGAAUAACCUUUGAAAAGAGGAAUGCCUGAGCUGUGUGUGCAUACUAUUAAUUGUUUCAGUGAUGUUGCUUAAACCUUGAUUCCUGAACUGCAUUUUUGCACAGCCUAAAUUAAAAAUGUUUUGGAGAGUUUCUUUGGCAGGGGAGGAGGGAGCUAGUAAAAAAAACUGUCAUAGGAAAUAUAUCUGAAGUCUCUGUUCAUUAACUUAGAUUCCUGGACUGCAAGACCUCUGUAACAUUGUUUCUCUCUCUCUCUGUAUCUUUAAAAAUCCUAGUUAAAAGACCUUGAGACUUUGACAUUUAAGGCUCUAAAUACAUCUAAAGCCAUUUAAACUUUAAAUGUGAAGAGUCAUUGACGCUUAAGUUUCAAAUAUUUGAAAUAAUAACAAUUAGGCAGAACUCCUCAUUUUUUCCUAUACUGCCAUCCUGCUUAUAGUUGGUCUGUAGUUGCCCUGAAGAUGCAUGUGUUAUUUACAGCCAGGCAGUAAUCAGAUACCCCUGCUGUAAUGCCAUACCUUGUCUGUAGUUUUUUUUUAACUUUUAUCUGAUUAGUUGCACUCUUACAGGCUGGACUACUCUAAUUUUGCAGUAUAGGACAGGCGUACCUUGAGUUUCAGUCAGCAAUUAUCUUUUCCUUAAUCCUUCUGCAAGGCUCUAGUGUACAGGAUCCAUGUGUUACACCUGUGAGUGGCUCAGUACUUCCUCACACUGUGUUAAAAUGUAGGCAAGAUUGAUAUUUAGCCAGUUAAAGCGGGGGAGGCAUUUUUUUAUAGGUCGCUCUGGGACACAGUAGGGGUUACUGUGCCUUGUAUCUGUUCCGUGUUGAUUGGUGUCACUGAGCAUUCCUCUAACUAAUGUGCUGCUGCCACUGGGGAGAGGGAAGUGGGCUUAGACGGUCAUGUGUCUUUUAAGUAGUAUGACUUUCUAUGUCCAUACUCAGUCAGGAAUCAGUCCCCUAUGCAUGGCAAUGUGUAGGUGGUUUUCCAGUUGCCAGAUCAAAAGCUCUUGAGAUCAUUAAGGG